CCAAACUCUCAGUCAUUUAAAGAGAAAUAAUAUUAACUGAACAUCGAAGAAAACCCAAGCCUUUUUGUAAGAAAAUAAAAGGAAAACUUGGAGACCUGCCAAAUCCAAAUUCUUGCAAAAUUAAAGUAUCGCCCUUGAAUCUCGCGAUACAGAAAGAGAAGAUGUCUGAAGAAACUUCGCACGCAUCACGAUAUGUGAAAUUGACUAAGGCUCAAGUCUCUGCUGAUGAAGAGAUUAGGCCUGGUGAACUCAAUCAAGCAAUACCCACUUCUCAGUUGCAUGUUCACAAGUGUAACGAAUGUGGACAACCUUUACCUGAAAGCUAUGAACCUCCUGCUGAUGAACCUUGGUCAAGUGGCGUCUUUGGGUGUACUGAAGAUACUCAAAGCUGUUGGACUGGGCUUUUCUGCCCAUGUGUCUUAUUUGGGCGCAAUGUGGAAAGACUGAGAGAUGAUACCCCAUGGACUACACCAUGUGUUUGUCAUGCUGUUUUUGUGGAAGGUGGUAUGGCACUGGCUGCUGCCACUGCUUGGUCAUAUGGUAUCGACCCUAAAACAACGUGUCUGAUUUGGGAGGGCUUAUUUUUCACCUGGUGGAUGUGCGGCAUAUAUACCGGUCUUGUUCGACAAUCCUUGCAGAGGGAGUAUCAUCUCAAGAAUUCUCCAUGCGAUCCAUGCCUUGUACAUUGCUGCAUGCAUUGGUGUGCAAUAUGCCAGGAGCAUCGGGAGAUGAAAGCCCGUCUCACAGAUGAUUCCGCGAUGCCCAUGACAGUUGUCAACCCUCCUCCUGUUCAAGAGAUGAACUCUGGCAGGGAAAACCAGGAAGCAUCAGCAACUUCUACUUCUGAAAAGAAUGAUGAUAGAAACGGUGUUAGUCUAGAGAUGCAGGCUCUAUAGUUUUCUUUCAUACCUCUGUGUAUCUGCGUACUGUAAAAAGAAAAAACCAGAGGAAUGUUUCCGGGAAACUUUAUUAGAACUUGAUAGCAAAAACUAGGGGUUUUGUUGAUUUAUGAUGGGUGAAGUUGAUAUUUACUGUUUAAAAAGUCCAUUUUCAUAUUGUACAAGGAAUCCACAGGCUUUCUAUUAAGAGAAAUUUGGCACUACUGGUGCCUUUGUUGCA